UUUUAGUCAGUUUGAUUCGAGUUUCUCGGCUAAUUCGUCUUGGGAAAUUAUCAGUAAUACGGAUUUUUGCAUUUGGAGUUUAAAGAUUAGGAAUUUUUAAGUAUAACGUUCUUGGAAAUAGACGCGGUUAUUAUUGUGGUGUUAAGAGAUUUUAAAAUGAAAAUUUUGACAAUUUCCACGACUCUCCUUCUUGCAAUCGUAUCCCAGACCAGCUCACUCCCUUGCGGUGGCUGCGGUGGAGGUGGUGGCUACUCGGGAGGAGGCUACUCCGGAGGUGGAGGCACUCACAUAGCAGGAGGAAGCCUCACCGCCACCAUCGUAGGCCCAAGUGAACCAGGGGCAGUCAUCCAAGGACCAACAUCUUCAGCUAAGGUGAUCGGAGCUGGCUCGGGAGGCGGCUAUUCCGGAGGCGGAUAUUCUGGAGGCGGAUAUUCUGGAGGUGCAUACUCGGGAGGCGGAAGCCAAAGUGCGACCAUAGUAGGCCCAAGUGAACCUGGAACAGUGCUUCAAGGACCCAGCUCUUCGGCUAACGUUAUUGGACCUGGUGGUGGGCAUAUUAGCGGUCACGACAAUGGGGGGAGGAUUGUGUCACCACCCAAACAAGGAGGAGUAAUUCAAGCGUCUGUCUCACCUGGAUACAUUUCUACGUCAGGUGGUAGCCCAGGAUAUUCUUCCGGGUGGCAACCCAGUGGUGGUCAAGAAAGUUACUCUGGAGGCGGAGGUGGGUGUGCUGGAGGUUGUGGUUAUAGUAAUGGACAAGUUGCUCCGGGUGGAAGAGGUUCGGGAGCAGAAGGUCAAUGGCAACCCGACUACAGGGAAAAACAGUUCGAUGAUGGCUUAUACAGAGGUGAAGGUUCAAACCAAUUAGGAUGGGGUCAGCCUCAAGGAGGUAGCUGGGGAGGUGCGUCAUAUUCUGGAGGAGGACACAGCGCGCAUGGAAGUGGAACCUGUGGAGUAUGUGGGAAGUGAUUUCUGCCAUAUAGGGAGGAAUCGUUGCUUAUAUCGCUUCUGCGUGAUACUGCCCAAUAAUUAUUUUUUUGCCAUUUAUUGCUUAUUUUGUAAUAAAAAGACUAUUUUAAAAAACUAGAUUUUUAUUUUAUCAUAAUAUAAUUUUAAUAAAUAUAUAUUAUUAGGGAGUAACGAUGACUCUGGCACCACCGUAGUAGGGCCAGUACCAUGGACCCCAGCCCCACGAAUAAGGUCCCCAUCCUAAAUA